AUGUCUGUAGCCUGGCCACCUACCAAGGAAUUUAGACUUGAGCCGAAGAGGGCUAGAAUGGAGAACCAGCCAGCGAUGAGUUUCUCUAAGAAGGACAAGAUUGGAACCGUACAGUCACAUGAUGAUGCCCUGGUGGUCACCCUCAGGAUAGGAGGAUAUGAUGUUAAGAGGGUGAUGGUGGAUCAAGGAAGUGGAGUAGAGAUUAUGUACUCUGAUUUGUACAACGGACUGGGCUUGAAACUUGAGGACUUGACAGCUUAUGAUUCGCUUCUGGUAAGUUUCGAUGGGAAAGUUGUUAUUCCAACGGGCCAGAUUCGACUACCCGUACAAGUAGGAUCAGAGAUGGUGGAGGUGGAUUUCAUUGUAAUGGAUGCUUAUUCUCCCUACACGGCCAUUGUAGCAAGACCUGGCUUCAUGCCUUGGAAGCCGUUUUCUCUACUUUACAUUUAA